AAACACGGCCAGGCCAGACAGCCGCUCGAACUUCGCUCGAAACACCGAGUCCUCGCGAGUAUUCGAGGCAAUGAGCUCCCCGAACGUGUUCAGGGACUCCACGCUUAGGAAUAGACGGCAGAACUGUUGCAUCUCCUCCCAGCCUUCGCUGUCGAGAUACGGCAGGGCCAUUCUCUCUCUUCCUCCUUCGGUCAUCUCUCUCUUUGAUGCUCGCGUUCCAUAUGCAUGCUUUUGCAUGUGGUCAACCUUUGACCCCAACGGAUCGUGGAAUGUAUGCAUGUAAACAUGACGACCACAAUACUGUAACAUACACUGAUGUAAUACAUAAAUCUACAGACUAGUCCUCUGCUUUAUCAUCUUCGUUGCUGCUAGGUUGAAAGAAAUCAAUAUCCCCCUCUCGAUCAUAGUCCUUCAAAGGGACAGAGACUGCGGCCAGCUGGGUGGCAAAAUGUUUAUGAAGUGCCGCCACUAUCGCUUCUCUCUCUGCCCUCUUCAGCGACGUACCACACCCCUCCCCCAGCAACCUCUCCCCGGAAUAGACACCCACCACAAACGUAGGAAAAUGCGUGGCUCGUCCGGUUUCUUUCAGAAGUCGAGACUCUGCCCUCGGCAUGCCAAGACUUGACAGUAUGCUCCGCAAAAUGUGCCGCGGGUGCUGGAGCUUUAUCACCUCAUGGAGGUCAACCCCUGCCAUUUUGGAGGUGAUGAAUUCAGUUACAAAUUUCCUGGCUGCACUCGGCCCUUUGUCGAGAUGAAGGCAGGCCACAGUCGCCAGAAGAGCACGCACGAUUAUCUUCUGCUUGCUUGGGUCGUCUAGUCUCUUUUGCGAGACGAUCAGGUCAGUUAUACCGAGAUGAUCUGUACAUUUGGCCAAUGCUGGGUCGUUCAAAAGAAACUUUGCGAUGUCUCCAAGGCUGUCGGCCUCCAUCUUUGGGUACACUUUUAGAAGGUGCUCUGUGACGAAGUAUUGGACCAGGGUUUUCCCCAGGAAGGAGAGCCUGCUGUUGUGCUCCGGGGGGACAUCUGGCGCACCCUGCCCCUCUUCCCCCUGUGCUGGUUGACGGGUAAGCGCCGAGCGGUGAGUGAGAGCCGUUUGCAGUCGAGGCAGGUCUGCCAGGUCGUGCCCCAGUCGACGGGCUAGUGCGAAGAGCUCCUUGUCGUAGUUCCAGUUGCUGCCAGGUCUCCACUCCUGAGUCCGCGGGUCCACUGACCAGCUGGGAACAGUGUCGAGAUUCAGUACUUUGUCUCCUUCACCCGUCGACGUCCGCGGUUCGCUCCAGACCGCUGGAAGGCACGAGAUAGACCUGCACUUUGUUACUGGUGGAGGUGGUAGUCGUCUAAUAGAACGUUGGACAGAAGAAACGCUCCAUAGAUUGCGGCACCCUCUGCAAAACAUGUCCCUUACUUACACGUGCGCUGCUUUUCUAAUCAAAGCGCACCCGGGCGGUUCUAAUUAACGACCGCCGUCAGUCUCAGCAUCGCGGUGGUGUAUUACCGCCUCCCCAAAAUGGACCAGAUGGGGGAAUUAGAAGAUCUAGACGUGGUUUUAGCUAAACAGAAGGUUCUCAGUGCCAAGGACAUUGCAGAUCUUCCUGACCCGGUGGCUUCUCCCGGGGAGAACAAACUGGAGUAUGCCUACUCCCUGUGGUUCACUCAGCGGACUCGAGGCUCUGUCUCCACCUCCUCAAGCUACGAGGAGAAUAUAAAAUUUGUCGGAUCUUUCUGCACAGUGGAGGGUUUCUGGGCUCAUUACUGCUAUCUGGCAAGACCAUGUGAGCUGCCAGCUCACUGCGACAUCCAUGUCUUCAAGAAGGGAGUCAAACCCAUGUGGGAGGAUGAUGCCAACAAGAGCGGUGGAAAGUGGAUGAUACGACUCAAAAAGGGCAUCUCCUCCAGAUGCUGGGAAAGCCUGCUGCUGGCAAUACUGGGGGAACAGUUCAUAGUAGGCGAUGAGAUAUGCGGAGUGGUGAUAUCCAUUAGACCAACCGAAGACAUCAUAUCUCUGUGGAACAGAACUGCUUCCGACAACAGCAUCACCGCACGAAUCAGGGAUACAAUGACGAGGGUGAUGUCCCUACCAAUCAAGACGAUAAUGGAGUACAAGGCACACGAUGCCAGUCUAAGGGAUAGGUCGAGUUACAGAAACACGGAUGUCUUUGUGCGAUGAUAAACCCACACACCACACACAAGCACACUAAGUCAACGUAAUGCAUCUCCAUACAUGUGAUUAAUCCGUGAUAUUAUACUGGUAGGUCUGGUUUAGGUCAAACGUAGUAUUAGAAGAACUGUUUUCGUAGUAUCUUCUGGAUGAUCUUCUGCUCAAGAGAGUCAAAACCUCGCGUGUUGAGAGCUUCUAUCUCGGCCUUUACUCCAGCCUUCUCCAUGAGCUGAACUUCCCUAGAGUAGUGUGGGUUACCCAUGGCUUCCACUUGACUCCGUGCACCUCUGAAUACUCUGUGAUCCGACACUCCCCACGACUGAAGAGCGCUUUCGUCGAUCAAACACUUUCCAUCCGCGUCGAAAAUGUCGCCGUGGUGUACUCCCAACCAGCGUAUUUCCUCGACUGCGAAAGCGUGCGACUCUAAUCCCAUGGUCCGCGAUCCGAAUUUGUAGGUGAGUAGGAUGCGGAGUCCGUGUGGGUUAUAGUC